AAAAGUUUGGUUUUAAUUCAUACCUGUUGGGUAAAACCUAUACAUUAAACCAGUGGCUGAUCCAUAUGGUAAUACCUAAUAGGUUCGGAUUUAUAACCGACUUUCGAAUAAGGUCGACUAUUUAAAUACUGACUGUUGCCACGUUCCAAUAAUUAUGAAGUUGAUAUUCAAAAUAUUACUUGGUUUGGGUGUGGUAGCUGUUGCAGCAUCAGAAAUAACUUCCGCAACAGUUUUUAGUGAUCCCUCGAACAGGGCGACAUCGUGCACUUUAACGGGAAAGUCAAUAGACGGACUUGACGCAAUUAAAUCCUCUUGUAAAGAUAUCACCAUAGAAAACCUGGCUGUACCAGCUGGUAAAACAUUAGAUUUAACAGGCUUAUCGGAUGUGUCGAUAACGUUUAAAGGAAACAUUUCUUUCGGAUACGCAGAAUGGAAAGGUCCCUUGGUCUUAAUAAGUGGUACUAAUAUAAAUAUAACAGGUGAAAGAGGACACGUCUUCGAUGGUCAGGGUGCGAGAUGGUGGGACAAUCUUGGUAGUAACGGUGGUGUUCGAAAACCAAGAUUUUUCAAAAUCAGAUAUUUGCACAACGCAGUCGUGAACCAUAUAAAUUUUCUCAAUUCACCACGUCAUUGUUUCGCCAUUCACAACUGUACAAAUAUAACCGUAAAUAAUGUAGUUAUGAAUACUAAAGAUGGAGAUACCCGAGGAGGUCACAAUACCGAUGCAAUUAACGUUAAAGGUUCCGAAAACGUUUUCAUUAGCGACACUGUUGUACAAAAUCAGGACGACUGUAUAGCCGUUAGAUCCGGAAAAAACAUUCACUUUUCACGCGCUUCAUGUUCUGGUGGUCACGGGAUAUCAAUUGGGUCAGUCGGUAACAGAACAAAUAAUCUCGUUGAAAACGUUUACUUUACCCAUUGCACUGUAGCGAAUUCAGAAAAUGGAAUUCGAAUAAAAACGGUCGUUAAUGCUACUGGAUUAGUUUCCGGUGUUACUUAUGAUAACAUUACCUUAAGCAAAAUAAGGGAUUAUGGAAUUGUGGUGCGAGGCGAUUAUAGGAACAUGCCUGGUCCCACAGGUACUCCUAGCAACGGCAUUCCAAUCCGUAACGUUAGAAUAACAAACGUACAUGGCACAGUUCAACCAAGAGGUACCAAUAUUUAUAUUCUGCUUGGCGAAGGUGUCGCACAAAAUUGGCAUUGGAGCAAUGUGAGUAUUACGGGUGGAAGAAGGAAUAGAACAUGCCAACAACUACCUCCAAAUACUGAUGUUUUUUGUGCUUAAGGAAAAUUCUUUACCUUCAACUUAAUGGUGUACAUUAACUGUUAUUGUAAACCAUUUUGUUUGUCAUUAAAUAUGAAUAAUGAAUAGUGUUGUUUUUAAUUUUAUAAUUAAUCUUUUUAAAUGUACGCCUUACCUAGUGAUUUCAACACUCUAGUAUAUAUAUUUUUAGUUUAGGGAAAUAGAGAUAAGCAAUCAAGUGUUUUUACACUAUCAACCAGUAGCAAUGGAGCAAGCAACAAAGAACAUUGAUCCGAAGCAAGGAUAAUGGACAUUAAGCAAAAUUUUAACUGUUGUAAAAUAAUACUAGAACCCCCUGUGGUAAAAACUUACACAGAUAGUUUGUUGCUUCAAAUAGUUUAACUCAUAAAUCUACCGAAAGUAAUAAUUUUUCGUUUCAUCUUGCAUAUUUGGUCUUAGUUUUGGUGUUGAUGUUGUUCUUUAGGUUUUGGUUUUGGUCUUGCCAGUAUAAAAAGAGUAUUGGUCUUGCGUUUUCGCAAGACCAAUUUUGCUCAUCACAGAUUUGAGGAGUGGGUUUAGUCAUAAGUUGUCCCAUGUAAAAUAAUUGCUUUCUUUUGCUACAUAUUUAAAAGAUUUUCGCGAGCUUUUGAGAUGAAAACUGCAAAAGAUAAUUCCGCAACUUAAAAAAUAAAUUUUCAAAAGAUUUAUCGAUUUUGCGGGCAAAAAACUGUUGCACAUUUUUGCCGGUUCGGGCCGUUCCAUAUCAUGCGAUUGAUAACACAAGACAAUUAGCAGAACAAUGCAUUGAUUAUAUCAUAAUCUUAAAGUUUUUCGUAAACAACACUCAAAAAUUUUGUUUUUAAUACAUAUUGGGUAAAUAACUGUACAUUAAAUCAGUGGAUGAUUCAUGCAGUAAUAUCUAAUAGGUUCGGAUUUAUAACCGAUUUUUGAAUAAGAGGUCCACUAUUUAAAUACUGACUGUUGCCAUCUUCCAAUAAUUAUGAAGUUGAUACUUAAAAUAUUAAUUGGUUUGGGUGUGGUAGCUGUUGCAGCAUCGGAAAUAACUUCCGCAACAUUUUUCAGUGGUCCUUUGAACAGGGCGACAUCGUGCACUUUAACGGGAAAUUCAAUAGACGAACUUGACGCAAUUAAAUCCUCUUGUAAUGAUAUCACCAUAGAAAACCUGGCUGUACCAGCUGGUAAAACAUUAGAUUUAACUGGCUUAUCGGAUGUGUCGAUAACGUUUAAAGGAAACAUUUCUUUCGGAUACGCAGAAUGGAAAGGUCCCUUGGUAUUGAUAAGUGGUACUAAUAUAAAUAUAACAGGUGAAAGAGGACACGUCUUCGAUGGUCAGGGUGCGAGAUGGUGGGACAAUCUUGGUGGCAACGGUGGCGUUCGAAAACCAAGAUUUUUCAAAAUCCGAUAUUUGUACAACGGAGUCGUGAACCAUAUAAAUUUUCUCAAUUCACCACGUCAUUGUUUCGCCAUUCACAACUGUACAAAUAUAACCGUAAAUAAUGUAGUUAUGAAUACUAAAGAUGGAGAUACCCAAGGAGGUCACAAUACCGAUGCAAUUAACGUUAAAGGUUCCGAAAAUGUUUUCAUUAGCAAUACUACCGUCUACAAUCAGGACGAUUGUUUGGCCGUUAGAUCCGGAAAAAACAUUCACUUUACACUCGCUUUCUGUUCUGGUGGUCAUGGGAUAUCGAUAGGGUCGGUUGGUAACAGGACAAAUAAUGUCGUCGAAGAUGUUUACAUUACCCAUUCUACUGUAGUGAAUUCAGGAACCGGAAUUCGAAUAAAAACAGUGGUUAAUGCUACUGGAUUAGUUUCCGGUGUUACUUAUGAUAACAUUACCUUAAGCAAAAUAAAGGAUUAUGGAAUUUUGAUGCGAGGCGAUUAUAGGAACAUGCCUGGUCCCACAGGUACUCCCAGCAACGGCAUUCCAAUCCGUAACGUUACAAUAACAAACGUACAUGGCACAGUUGAACGAAGAGGUACCAAUAUUUAUAUUCUGCUUGUCGAAGGUGUCGCACAAAAUUGGUAUUGGAACAAUGUGAAUAUUACGGGUGGAACAAGAAAUAGAACAUGUCGAGGGGUACCUCCAAAUUCCGGUGUUUUUUGCGCAUAAGGUCUGCUCUCUGCCAUAAAAUAUGAAUAAUGAAUGGUGUUGUUAUAUAAUUUUAUAAUUAAUCUUUUUAAAUAUACACAUUACCUAGUGAUUUCAAUA